UACACGACGUCGAAUUGAUACUCUCUCUCUCUCUCUCUCUCUAACGAGUCAGCUCGACGAUACGACUCAGCCAACAUGUUCUUCCUCCGAGUCCACUCGGUGGACACCGAACAGCCUCUCGCAUUCGAGGUCGCCGAGUUCAUCUCCACCACUACUGCGUCCGUCCCAAAUCCUAACCCUAAGUUCACCGAACGCAGAGGCGUAGCACACCUUUUCCGGAGUACGUCUCAUUCUUCGCUUCCAAAUCCUAGCUCCCGAUCCACGCUUCUCUUCAUCGUCGCCGUCCCCAACUACCUUUCCUUUGAUGAUUUGAUACGCUUCUGCGGCUCCCACAUCGACCACGUCUCCGAGCUCCUCUUCAUCAGGAACGAUGGGAUGGAGGAUCGGUACAGCGUUUUAAUCAGGCUUGUGAAUCAGUCAACGGCUGAUGGAUUCUAUUGCAGUUUCAACGGGAAGAAAUUUUCACCGGGCGAGGCUGAGGUAUGCCAUCUUCUGUUUAUGAUGUCUGUGGAGUACACGGAAUCAGCUGAGAUAGCCGGGACUCCUCCUCCCGGGUGUACGGAAUUACCUACUUGCCCAGUUUGUCUUGAGAGAUUGGACCCGGACACUAGUGGAAUACUGAGUACAAUUUGUGACCAUUCAUUUCAGUGUCCUUGCAUUUCAAAAUGGACUUAUUUAUCUUGCCAGCUUUGCCGAUUCUGUCAGCAGCAAGAUGAGAAGCCAACUUGCUUUGUUUGUGGGACAUUGGAGGAUCUUUGGGUUUGUAUGAUUUGUGGUUUUGUAGGAUGUGGAAGAUAUAAAGAAGGUCAUGCCGUUUGGCAUUGGAAGGAUACACAGCAUUGCUACUCUCUUGACAUGCGAACACAACAAAUUUGGGAUUAUGUUGGUGACGGUUAUGUUCAUCGGCUGAAUCAGUCAAAAAAUGAUGUCAAGUUGGCGGAGAUGAACUCUCAUUGUAUGUCAUCUGAAGGAGAUUGUGGUACUUGUGGAUGUAGUGAUGAUUCUGGAAUAAGUGGGGCCCUCUUUAGCAGCAAAGUUGAAGCAAUUGUAGAUGAGUACAACCGUCUUCUCGCAACUCAGCUGGAGACCCAAAGACAAUACUAUGAAUCUCUACUUGUAGAGGCCAAAAGUAAGGUUGGAAGCUCAAUUUCAGAAGCAGUGGAGAAGGCUGUGACUUCCAAGAUGCAGGACAUCCAAAUCAAAUUUGAAAAGUGCCUCGAGGAAAAAAAUGCUGUUGCAGAUAUUAAUCGAAAUCUGAUCAAGAACCAAGAAAUUUGGCGAAAGAAGGUCAAGGAAAUUGAAGAGAGGGACGCUGCUGCACAGAGGUUGAGGGAUGAGAAGAUUCUUGAUCUGGAAGAACAGAUUAGAGAUCUUACUGUCUACAUUGAAGCCCAGAGAACGCUUGGUAACAUGACAGAUUCAGAUGGCAUCAGAGAGGGUACACUCUUACCAUUACCUAAUAAGCAGUCCUCCCCAGCCAGCACUAAGAGGCAGACGAAGUCAGGUCGAAGACGGAAUUAGAUUGCUGUCAUCUCUCAUUUGGUGAUAGAAUCAGCAUAUUUCCCAAGGUUGGAUGAUGUUUAGUGGAAUGUAAAACAAAUAGAUUAAGAACUUUGUCCAAGAAUCAAGUGGUGCUUCUGGUUUAUCAAUGUUAUACUUGUAUAGGCGAUUCUUGGUGGGUCAUCAUUGUCAGUCCAAAAUAGGCAAUACGAGUUUUUGUAAAUUCUUGCAAAGGCAUAAACCUCAAAUAUUCUCUCAUGAUGAUGCCGGAAGCAAUUCACAGUGAAA